UGAAACCCGGAUGAAACGAGCACUGAGUCGUUUCACCCCGUCUUCCCCGAUCCCGUGCGGGCGGGAGGUGCGCGCCGUCGGCAAUCUUCCCGCGCGCAGCCUCGCCUCUUCCCGCGCGCAGCCUCGUCCUUUUCCCGCGCCCUCUUCCCUCCCUCCCCCCAAGCUCGCCUUCCUCUCCCUCGUGUCCCAUCCACCGUCCUCCCUCCUAGGGUUCUAGGCUCCAUGGAUCCGCCGCCGGCCGAGGCUUCUAGGCGUGGCGCCGCUGGCAGAGGAGGCAAUACCGGCAAGACCCGCGGCCGGCUUGGACUGAAGAAGGCAUCCGCUCGUGUGCCGUCACCACCUCCAGGUUGUUCCUCCCCAGCGGCGCCGACUCCCUCCCCCACCGCGCCGACUCCCACCCCCACCGCGCCGACUCCCACCCACACCGUGCCGGCGGCAGGGCAAGCUCCUGGAUCCCUUCCUGCGCCGACAUUUCCACUGCAAGGAGCAAGAUGGGGCUCCAUACCUCCCAAUUUUGCACAAGAUCCAAAUUCAUGGAUUUUUCCACCGCAAGGAGGUUUCCUAAAUAUGAUUCAUCAACAAAACUAUCCGCCGCAAUCGCAGGGAGAGAACUUUCAUUUGAUUGGUCAAAAUGUGUCAUUCAACCCAAUUUCUCCACCACUUCCAGCAAAUUCAUUUGGAACACCUUCACCACAGGGUACUGAACAAGUCAUGGAACAAGAAACUUCAACUAAGAAGAUGGUGAAGCAAAGAAAUUUGAGGUACUGGAGUCAUGAAGAGGAAGAGCGAUUGGCUAGUUCUUGGUUAGAAAUUUCUAAAGACCCUAUUCAUGGAAAUGAUAAGAAAGGAGAUACAUUUUGGAAGGAGAUCACUAGUGAGUUCAAUAGGAAAGGUGCAGGGAAGCGUACAAGGGAACUCAACCAAUUGAAGAUACAUUGGUCACGCCUCAAGACAGCAAUUGGUGAGUGGAAUGACUACUGGACAAAGGUGACUCAGUUGCACACAAGCGGUUAUUCGGAUGACAUGCUGGAGGAAGAAGCACAAAAGAUGUAUGCAAACAGGCAUGGAAAGAAUUUUACCUUGAUACAUUGGUGGAAGAUUCUCAAAGAUGAGCCCAAAUGGUGUGCACAGUUCGAGACAGAGAAAGACAACAAAGACAGUUCUGAAAUAGUUGAUAUUCCAGAUGCACAGCAACGUCCGCCAGGUAGAGAAGCUGCAAAGGCUGAGCGCAGAGGAAAGCGUAAGAAGGAAAAUGUCAAGGAUGGAAUUGUCAUCCUUGGGGACAAUAUUGAGAAAAUAGUCAAGGUGGAAGAAGACCGAAAGAUGGAGCGCGACAAAGUCACAGCUGCUCAGAUUCAGAUAUCAAAUGCUAAUUUGAAGGCAGCACAUGAGCAGAAGGAAGCAAAGAUGUUUGAGGUGUACAAUUCCCUACUUACUCAAGAUACAAUGAACAUGUCUGAAGAGGCUAAGGCGUCACGAGUGAAGGCAAUGCGGAAGUUAGAAGAAAAGUUAUUUGCGGAAUAAGGGUGAAAGCAACUACUGGAAUCUCUGGGGUGCAUGAUUGGUUGAAGAUUGGACGUGAUGAUUGGUUGAAGAUGAGCUCUGUAGCUCAUAUAUAUAUAUAUAUAUAUAUAUAUAUAUAUAUAUAUAUAUAUAUAUAUAUAUAUAUAUAUAUAUAUAUAUAUAUAUAUAUAAAAGUGAUCUGAACUAUAUCUGAACUGGUAUAUGUGAUCUGAACUAUAUCUUGGUCACUGCUAUUUUCUAUCUUAAGUCUGAUGCUUGUGAGAAAUGACCACAUUCAGUUUUGUUGUGAAAAGUCUGAUGCUUGUGAAAAGUCUGAUGCUUGUUGCUCACGGCAUGUUGCUCAUGGUCUGAUGCUCACGGCCUGUUUUCUGUUGAAAUGGCCUGAUGCUUGCUUCUAGUGUGAAUCGGUGUGAAUAGUGAUGAUUGUUGCUGCUGAACUGCUUUGCUUCAUGGCCUGUUGCUCACGACUUGCUUUUCUCAGUGAGUUUUGGUAUGAAUUGGCUACAGGAUUAACGAUGUAUAUGAUCCCAUACACAUGCAGCAUUUAAGUGCGAUUAUCAGCCUGGGAAACAUCACAAUGAAACUGUUGCAUUGUGUAGGGUGUUUCAAUGUUUGUUUCAUGGAGGCUUUGUCAGUAAAUUUGUUUGGGAAACUGUGCAAUGACACCAUGCACUGAGACUGGCCUUACAACCCGUCAUUCAACAAAGCUCAAACUGAGGACAAGUUUGUUAUCAAGAAAGGGAGAAUGAUGAGGACAUGACACAUUUAGAUAUGACCAUUGAUUUUAAGGUGAACUUAUUCCUAUAUUUGGAUACUGUUUUUUGGUAUAAUUCACUUCGUUCCACAUA